AGCGGGGGGUAGAUGAGCGAGGGUGAAAAGCAUGCAUACAGAACGCACGGAGGAGCAAAGACACUGUACGAGAGGACGGUGACAGUCCGGAUAGAAGAGUUGCUUUGCAGAGGGCCAGUGACGUGGAGGUAACCACGAUGUGCAGCUCUCUGAGUCCCAAGCAGGUAAUUGGCCCAGGCCUGACCGACAUGCAGCAGUACAACCAAUGGCUGACCAGCCGCCACGAAGCCAGCCUUCUGCCAUUGAAGGAAGACCUGGCCCUGUGGCUCACCAACAUGCUGGGUCUGGAGAUCACAGCAGAGAACUUCAUGGAGCGUUUGGACAACGGCUUCCUGCUGUGCCAGCUGGCUGAGACGCUACAGGAGAAGUUCAAGCAGAACCAGACCAAGAACCAUGGAGAGGUGCCUGGCGCUGGCCACGGAAAGGCCAUCCCGUGUAGGAGGAUCCUGUGUCGUGCCAGCGCUCCCUCUGGUUCCUUCUUCGCCAGAGACAACACAGCUAACUUCCUGACCUGGUGUCGUCAGGUGGGGGUGGGAGAGACCUGCCUGUUUGAGUCUGAGGGACUGGUUCUUCACAAGCAGCCACAGGAAGUGUGUCUGUGUCUCCUCCAACUGGGAAGGAUCGCAUCUCGGUACAACGUGGAGCCUCCUUGGCUUAUCAAGCUGGAGAAGGAGAUAGAACAGGAGGAGAUAGCACCCCUACCUUCACCUGUCUCCCCCUCUCCAACGCCCCCAUCCUCCUCUCCUUCCAAGUGCUCGUCGUCUAGCCAGAAGAGCACAGGGAAGCUGUUGGAUGAUGCAGUGAAGCAUUUCUCGGAGGACCCUCCCUGCAAGUGUCCCAAUAAGUUCUGUGUGAAGAGACAGGCCCAGGGCCGCUACCGCGUUGGAGAGAAGAUGCUCUUCAUCAGGAUGCUACACAACAAGCAUGUGAUGGUGCGUGUGGGAGGAGGCUGGGAGACCUUUGAGAGUUACCUUCUGAAACACGACCCAUGUCGUAUGCUCCAGAUCUCCAGAGUGGAGGGGAAGACCUCUCCCAUGUCCUCCAAGGACCUCACCCCAGACAGCUACCUGGUGGUGGCAGCACACCACCGCAGCAAUGAGUAAAGAUGGCCGCACCCCACCUCAGCAAGAACUAAAGAUGGCCGCACCCCACCGCAGCAACAAGUAAAGAUGGCCGCACCCCACCGCAGCAACGAGUAAAGAUGGCCGCACCCCACCGCAGCAACAAGUAAAGAUGGCCGCACACCACCCCAGCAAUGAGUAAAGAUGGCCGCACACCACCCCAGCAACGAGUAAAGAUGGCCGCACACCACCCCAGCAACAAGUAAAGAUGGCCGCACACCACCCCAGCAACAAGUAAAGAUGGCCGCACACCACCCCAGCAACGAGUAAAGAUGGCCGCACACCACCGCAGCAACGAGUAAAGAUGGCCGCACCCCACCGCAGCAACAAGUAAAGAUGGCCGCACACCACCCCAGCAAGAAGAUGGCAGCAAUUAAACCGCUGAAAACCCUCUCACUUGGUUGCCAACAGAUUUUCUCAUGGAGUUUUCAUUCAAUAGGGUACAUUAAUCUUAAGCCAUCCCUUUAAAUACGCUGUACCUUUAAUUAGAAUUUUGUCGACAGACUCACUAGAAUACAUGGACAGAACAGGUUCAGAAUAUUAGGGGUCAAUGGAAGAAAACCAUUUAUUUCCAUCUCCGUUACAGCACCAAUUGGUGGAUUUAAAAAUACUCUGAUAUUGUAUAUUAUUUAGGGUUUAAGUAUUCUGAACAAAAAUAUAAAACGCAACAUGCAACAAUUUCAAAGAUUUUGAUGAGUUACAGUUUUAUAUAAGGAAAUCAAUCAAUUGAAAUAAAUGCAUUGGGCCCUAAUCUAUGGAUUUCACAUGCCUGGGCAGGGGCACAGCCAUGGUUGGGACGGGAAGGGCAUAGGCCCACCCACUUGGGAGCCAGGCCCAGCCAAUCAGAAUGAAAAUUUCCCCCACAAAAGGGCUUUAUUACAGACAGAAAUACUCCUCCGCACAGCUCUGGUGGACAUUCCUGCAACCAGCAUGCCAAUUGCAAUUUAUUCAGCUUCUUGAUAUGCCACACCAGUCAGGUGGAUGGAUUAUCUUGGCAAAGGCGAAAUGCUCACUGACAGGGAUGUAAACAAAUUUGUCUACAACAGUUGCGAGAAAUACGAUUUGUGUGUAUGGAACAUUUCUGGGAUCUUUAAUUUCAGCUCAUGAAACCAACACUUUACAUGUUGCAUUUAUAUUUUUGUAAAGUGUAUUUUGAACAAUAUAUUUUGUCAAAAAUAGUGAUUAGAUUCAUCCUAAAAGUUUACAUUAAUUUGUUCAAACCAUGAAAUAUUGGAAAAUGAGAAAUGUGUACAAUAGAGGUUGAACGGUGGUCUAUAAAUUAUACCAUAAUCCCCACUAAUCAUGGAACUGUGAUGACAACGGUCCAGGCGUCGUGAACCGUACGCCAGGCUAACCUGCUACGGUGUGGUCGGAGUUCCAUAAUGAUUCAAUCUGGCUACAUGUCCUACAUUACUGCACAAUUUGUAACACGUUAGGCUAAUAUGAUCUACUACUGCAGGUGAUCAUAAGGAACAAACACAGGAAUGUGACAGAGGGAGAAAAAAAGGUAAACUAACGAUGUGAAGGAGUGAUGCAAAAAUGUAAUGAAACUAACAGUGACAGUGUAUGUGGUUAUUACCGUGGAGAGCCUAUGAAAUUAGUGUGAGAAUGGUGUUAUUUCUAUCGGGGGGAAAGAAAGAUGUUUCACUUAGAACCGAUCGGUUGCUCGACCUUGUUCAUUGUUUCAUCACGCGUAAAGGUGGAAUUAAAUCAAGGUUAGAAUCUGUAGACUCACCUCUGCCACACCAUUUAUUUGAUCUCCACCCCAAAGAAAUAUCGGGUGAAUGGCAUGAUAUUCUCAUGCUUCAAAUCAAGGUCAGAAAACGCGUAAGAACCGUUUAUUAAAAAAUAAAUAAAAAAGGCAAUUUACUUGUCAUUUACGCGCGCUCGGGUAGGAAUUCCCUCCAUAAUGAUUUAGUUAUUUGGGAUGUGAGACUGUUUAUAGAUCAUCGGUUCCCUUGACGAUAGCUAACUGGUGAUGGUUACCAACUACCGAAGCUCGAAAUUAAGACGUUCAUAAUGAGGAUGUGACUUCAUGUAUCUGAUCUUGCAUCUCUCCUUGAUGUCGGCCACAGCAGUGAUCCGUGCUUGAAGCGGAAUAAAACAUUUAAAAAAUGCUGGUCCUCAUUUAAGAUGCCGGCAGCAGUUUUUAAGGUGCUGGAGUAGUUGACAGAUGAGUACCACUCCAACUCAUGCAGUGAUUGCAUCUCUGCUAGAUUAUGUAAACUACAAAAGACACGGUGGGCAGCAGGUUUGAGUCAUCCAUCACCUGACUUUAAGGUCACAAACGACUAGGGCCCUGUUUUAUCAUGUCACGACGUUCGUUUGGGUGCAAUAAAUUAACUUAAUUUCUGAGAGCUAUUCAACAAAAAUGAUGCAGGAAUGCUAAUCUUAUGUUUCUAACUAAUUAUUUCAGAACAUUCAUGUGCUUCGAGGUGGAAUGACCCAUAAAAUAUUUUAACCAUUUUACUUUGACAGAAACGUGAUUUUUUGUUCUGUUAGAACAGUCUAUGCAAUGAUUUACUUUUGUUUUGUUGCCUCUGGGAUCGAGGCUGGAAUAUGUGGUACUAAAAGCAUGUUUGUUACCUUG